AUGACCGAACCGCGCAUCGCGUUCAAAGCUGGACGCUGCUUCCGGCGGGAAGGCACGAACUUUGUCGAUGUAGAUCCCACCAAGGGAGCUAUCAUACUGCAGAAUGGCGAGGACGGAUUGCUGCAUUUCAUUUGGAAGAAUCGAAGUACAAACACAGUCGAGGAGGACCUGAUCCUCUUUCCCAUGGACGCGACCUUUGUGAAAGUCGAACAGUCCGCCUGGGGCCGAACAUACGUCCUGAAGUUCUCAUCCUCUAAUCAACGGCAUUUUUUCUGGAUGCAGGAUGCCGAUCCUAGCAGAGACGUCGAGUUUGUGAGCAACGUCAACCGGCUGCUGACCGAUCCGCAGACUGUCCCGAUAUGGUUUGCACCUGGAUAUAAUCCCGGUGAGGACGCGCAGGUUUCCAGCUCGUCUGCACCUACAGUGGCUACUCCAGCGGAGGCAGAUCUAUCUCAAGCCGGACCGUCCUCCCAGUCUUCUGGAAGCUCGAAUCCGUACAACGCUACGCCCGAACAGCUAGCGCAGAUGCAGCAGAUCCUCGCAUCGUUGGCUACUCCUGGCACGCAGACGAUGGAACCUGAGCUGUCGCUGACGGAUAUCCUUACCCCCGCGAAUCUGAUGCCUCUAUUCCAUUCACAUCCGGAACUUGUGCAGUCUCUUUAUCCGCACUUGCCGCCAGACCUGCCAUCGCCUCCUUCAGAAGAAGCGCUCCACAGGAUCAUCUCGUCGCCGCAGUUCCGCGCGGCGUUGCGGAAUUUCGACCAGGCAUUGCGGACAGGUCUGCUUGGCGGCCUUGUGAGGGGUCUUGGAUUGCCGGAGGAAGCGGGAACAGGGAUACAGGCAUUCCUGCGAGCAAUCAAAGAGCAAGCGCAGUCGCAGUCAGGAGGGGGAGAUGAUACAGAUAGGAUGGACACAGCAGAGUAG